UAUUUUUCAGUAAUCUCAGGACAUACGAUUCUAGAAGAGUACAGCUGUGGACAAGAAGACAUUGAGUACAACGUGACUUUAAGAGGUGGUCAAUAUGCAGGCAUAUUUAAAGAUCAAGGGCAGGUGAAAAACAUGCAGGAAUGUAUGCACUUGUGCUGCAACUCCAAAAAAUGUGACGUGGCCAUGAUGCAUGGGCCAAAGUGUUUUAGCGUGCAGUGUCUGAACGAUUCUUCCUGCGAGACAAUUCCAGCUGACGAUGAAGACAUUGAUAUGCAGAUUGCUCAUAUGACAACUAAAGGAACAGGACAGCUAAGUAUGUGUUUACAUAGCCCCCUUGAGGCAUCGUAAAAUGAAUUAGGGUGGCUCUGCUUUGAAAACACCUCCUAACCUGUCUCUAGCCUAAUCUUUCAAAUCUUAAAAGGCUAAAUGCUGAAGCUGGGGUAGUUUAUGUGAUUUUAUGAAGUAAUGUGGAGUGGAAUUAACUCAACGAUACCAAAUGCAGCCACUUUUAUGCCAUCUUGGAUCGGAAAUAUUAACAUAGUUUUAAAACUGCCAAAAUGGGGACAAAAUCUAUCAAAAUCAGUAGAACAAUGUCAAAAUGAUCGACCAAGUCAACAAGGGCACUUUCAUUUCCGCCUCGGCUCCUCUGUUUAAUGUACAAUGAGCCGUCAGGAUGCGAAAAAGAAUGUUUCAACUUGAUAUUGGAACUCGUCAAAGCAAACUGGAAAAAAGGGAGGCGUUUCGGAAUUUUUUUAAAAAGUGCCUUGUAGUAUUUGGCUGACUCACCGAUUACUUGUUUCUUGAUUUGGCAUAGUCUGUAAAGUUUGCCAAUUUUGCUGUAAUUUGACUUUUUUUGCAGAAAAUACCGUACGAUCCUUUUGGCGUGCGUGCUUUAUGACUAUAAGGCCAGCUCUCCACUGCAUGUUCUUUAACAUAACGCUUUUCCAUUUAAUGCUCUAACGUCAUUGCCUGAGCAUCGUCGUGUAUAGGUUGAUGCUUAUAUGCUAUAAUGGCAGUACCUGUAGGCAGCUGCAAUUGACCACUCCGGAAAAUACCAUAACGUACCAUAAUGCUCUUUGUUUGUCACCCAAAAAGUUUGCAUAGGCAUUGUUUUCAGUUCUCUUGGGGCCAUUUUAACUCCCAAGAGAAACUGAAGACAAUGCUUAUGCAAAAUUUUGGGGCGACAAACAAAGAACAUUAUGGUAUGUUAUGGUAUUUUCUGGAGUGGCCAAUAGAGUCCAGGAUCUUUCGUAACUUAACUUGGCACAAAAAAUAGCGACUGAAUAAACCUUUUUCUCUUCUCUUUGCAGCCGAGGCUCCAGUAAACGACAAUUUAGAUAGCUACGAUUCCGAAGCAAAGUGUCCGCACAACGAGAUCAUGUACAAUGUGAAGCUAAUGGGUGGAUUGAAAGCUGGAAAAUUCACUGACAUUGGCAAAGUUAAAAGUAUUAAAACAUGUAUCAGGUAAUCUACUGACUUGUGCCUAGACAUUAAUAUACUGUCAGCCUUUCAUACAAUCAAAUGGCUCUACAGUCGACACUCUCUUUACGGACACCUCUAUGGGGGACGAACUCAAAAAAAAAAGCACUUUUAUUUGAGUGUCAAUGUAUUUAGUACGAAAGUACUAACUGGGGAUACUAUAUUUUACGUCUCCAACUGGAGACGGGACCACCAUUUUAAGUGGUCAUCCGAGCCACGCGAAGGUCUAGCCUGUUGCAGUGCAAAGGGAGUACCUUCAUUUCUCGGUUAUUUUAAGACCCUGAGUAUUGGUCCGGCCCCAGGAAUCGAACCCGCGACCUCCCGCUCUGCAGUCAAACACGCUCUACCGACUGAGCUAGCACUGCCGCGGUUUCCUUGGUAAAACGAACACGCAGAGUUGGUCCCUGCCUGUCUUUACUUCCUUUAUUUGACUCUCUAUAAGACGGACAACGCUCUGAGACGGACACUUGGUGGCGGUCCCAAGUUGUCCAUCUUAGAGAGCGUUUACUGUAUAUUUGACAAAUAAGAAGGUUGCGACAAAACACAUUACUAAAACAGAUAAAAACAUUACGGCUUUACUAUCAAACAACUCAAUGAACCGAAACCUAACUGCCUAAUGAGGGAACUGAAGUUAAAUACCAUCAAAACUGGUGAACUAUCGUAUUCAACCUACUACUGACAUGAAUUCCAGGUUUAAACCUCUUCAAUUUUACUCUGAAAACUGAACACCGCAGGAGAAUAACAAAUAAAAGUAUUAAGUAAAAAGAUUAAAACGCAUUUGUCUUCAUUUCCACAUGAUUCACAGAAAUUCACAAUGGUUGGUGUGUUUACAAAACCUGUUAUUUCUCUCCUUGAUAAGGUAUUGCUGUGAGUCCAAAGUGCAGCCAUGCGACCUGGCCUUUAUGAUAUCUGAUCGCUGUUACCUGGUGAAAUGCUUCUCGGAGGAGAGAUGUCAGGCGCUUCCCGCCAGGCCUGUAGACCACGCUUUUAAACAGAAAAUGGCGUUUGUAGCACCAUGGCUUUAUAAAAAGGGCAAAAAAGUCGGUAAGUAAAUGUUGCCAAAUUCGCUCAUGCGCAGAUUCACCCAAAGUGCCUGGGUAGAACUUACCCAACCCAGCGUUUUGGUAGAGAGCUUUGCACCAAGUUCUACCGACGUAAGGUAAAAGUGCUUAACCGCAUGAAAAAGUGGCUUAAGGUCUGUAUUAAAAGUUCUCUUUCUAAUCCUAAGGCUAAGCUUCAAUUUUCCUCGCGACAAGACCAAUCAGAACUAUAAGCCAGAUCUGGUUUCUUCCCCAACCAGAAGCGGUGCCCAGAUCUGGAAAGUGACACGUCAUCAGUGUGAAAUUUCACCACUCGUUCCUCAGACGUCAGUUCGCGGGGAAACUAGUGGUGGCGUCACGAAAUGUCGGCUAUUUUCUCAGGUCAAGACCAUCUUAACCAAGAAUGUUGUCACCCUAAGAUUGAUUCAAGCCGUUUGCUGACUCAGCCUCAUUCCUUUUCAGUAAAAAUUCCCUCCGGGCAGUCCCCGCAUCAUUUGCAGUGCAUUCAGAGCAAGCUCUAUACUAAAUCUGUUCUAUUGGAUGGUUCAAACGCCGGACGCUUUACAGACGUGGGGCGAGUCUCUAAUUCCCAUAUUUGUUCCCGCUUGUGCUGCGAGGAUCCUACCUGUGACUUGGCGUACAUGUUUAGCCGCACGUGCUUCCUUGUCAGAUGUAAUAGUGAGAGAAGCUGUCGUACUAUCCCGGAUGUGGAGGCGAUACGCUCAAACAGUUCAUUUGAUAGAUCUAUACAGUACAUCGUUAAGCGACACUAUGGAAUCAGGCUGAGAGAUGGUAAGACCAACAAUAGUCAACAUUUUAUUGAUUUUCAAAGCAAAAUUUCAAGUACAAUAUAAUGAGAUUGAAACAAUCAGUUUUUUUGGAAUAGGCCAUUUUUGAAUUGUCCCUUGUCUCUGUUUCAAAGCAAGGAAAGGUGCGAAGCUAUUUUCGUGAAAAAAAAUUUUAUUCUCGUGCAAAUAAAACUCAUUAACACAAGAAAGAUUUGCACUUAUCCUUGUUUUGAAAGUGAGGGUUUUAGGAACUAGGAAAUGGCCUAUUCAUUAUGUUUAAAAAUCAUAACCUCAUGCUGUCUAUAAAUAUGUCGUUUCCCCUUGUCACAUCAGAACAUUUCUCUCUUAUUCAGAUUUUCCUCUUUUCAUUCCAUGCUUGUUUAUAACUACUCACAAUUUCUGUUAUAAAAGACUUAGAGCCAUUAGCCUGCGAGCAGACUCCCUUGUGCGAAUUCGAGGAAAAGUUUGGCGGCAGAACUGCCACCGCACGAGGAAAAUCCUCGCCAAAAUUUUCCUCGAACUCGCACAGGUGAGUCUACUCACAGGCAAGAGGCCCAUUAAAAAACCCAAAUUAUCAAAAAAUGUCCAUGUCUUUGCAAACAUUCCCUUCUUAAUUCUUUCCAUUAUUCAGAUGGUACCCCUGUAAUAAGAACAGACGAGAAUACGGAGGAAAUUUGCAAAUUAGACGGCGAGAUAAGAAACAAGACGGUUCUCAAAGCAGGCAUGCUUUCCGGCAAGCUGACUCACCACAAAGGCGUCAAGGACAUUACGUCAUGCAUUGAACGCUGCUGUGGUCACAAGAAAUGUCACGUGGCCAUGAUGAUGGCGGGAAAAUGUUAUUCAGUGUUUUGUACAGACCCGCAGUACUGUGAACCUAAGCCAGCUCCUGUGGAGACUCAUCAUACGAACCCUACAGUGGCGUAUGUUAAGAGAGGAGAUAUCAGCUUUGGUAAGACGUGUAUCUGCUUGUUAUUCAGCUUUGAUCUGGGCCCCUGUGAAUACCAGCCUAGCUACUGAACCAGCCACUAACCUCUAACUAUACCUGCUCAUUCAAUCUUUUAUUCAUCUUCUCCUUAUUUAAAGGAGGAAAUGGUUGGUACUCAGCAGUGCAUACCAGGUUCUAAUACGCAUGUGUACAGCCCUUUUCCUUACCCAGGCAGUUCAUAUCGACGCUGUAAUAAUGAUAAUGUUCAUAAUGUCCUUUGUUUAUCCUCGGCAGUAUUUAUAACAUUGAUGCUAGCGAUGCAUUUACGGAAAACAGAGUUAAAAAUCCCAACUGACCGGAGGCAAACCAGUUGGUUAUUUACAAGCGUGACCGACACGUUGAACUCGGGACUAUCAAGAACAAAUCUAGCCUGUGUACAAACCUUCCCCCCCCCUCCCCUCAGGAGAUUUCCGAUUUUUCCUGAGGGUAAGGUUGGGGGGGGGGGGUCUGUAUACAGGCUAGAACAAAUUCAACCAGCCCUCAGGGCAGGCCUUGAACUCAGGGCUUCCGAAUUCAAGCGCACAAACCUCUCGGCAACGGUGCUUCCCUCGCUGUUGUUUAGAGCAAACGCUUGUGCGUCUGUUCAUAGCUAACAUUUGCAGUUUUUUCUAGGCCCUACCAUUAUGCCCUGUGUAAAUAUCAGUAACUUUCCACGCGAACCUCACGCCUUCGUCAAGUAAACCCUUCCUUUCCAACAGAGUACAUCGCAAAGCCCCAAGGGGGACUGGGUAGGAAGGCUGAAAAGAAAACUGCAACCCUCCCUCUCCACACUCUGAAAAGGAAUUUGAUUGAAAAGAGCUUUUCUUUGAUAACACUUUUUUAAUUACAGCUCCAAAACCCAAGCCAGAAGGUGUAAUGCCUUUAAUUGGAAGAUUCCAUCCAAAUCUUGAAGAAAACGUAGAAGAGGAGUAUGUCGAGACAGAAGACAAAGAGGCUACAGAAAGUGGCAGCGGAGAAACAAACAAUGGUGACCAAACAAUAAAGAACGAUACAAUACAAUAUGAAAAAGAAGAAACAGAAGAAAGUAUGUGCGCAUUUAUACCAAAUUCAAAAAUGGCUACUUAGGCAAUUGGGCACCGAUAUUUUGGCUUACGGAAAUCACUGCUGCAAUGAUUUGUUUGAGUGAUCCGCGCCAAACAAUAGCUUCCCAAUGUGCAAUUGCCCAAUGCCAACAGCAACUUCUAUUGAAUGAGGCAUAUGUAUGACAUUGACCGUUAGACACAUAUUUGAGAGUACUUUCUCCCGCGAAAAUAGAAGCUCCGGCGACCAGCGAGUCCGUGCACGUGUCUGUGCGUAUCCGAAGUAUAAAUCGCAGAAUACGAUAGCGGCUCCCUUGGUAAAAACGUGCCUGCCUAGUUCCUAUGGUCUCAAGUGUGUUUGGAAAACGGAAAACGAGACUGCGAGCGAUAGAUCGCGCAAUGGACCAUAGGAACGUUUAGCGUUGGCGCAAAGGACGCUGGAAAGGACGCCUUUCCCAUGAUACCUAGCGCGGAACCUAUAAUAGCUCCAGUCGCCUUCGAAUCGCUCUACAAUCAGCUAGAAAUCGCCUGGGUAAGAGGCAGAAAACGUGCUGAGAAUUAUCUGAAUGCAGAUCAUAACUUUUCUGAAUAACAAGUUGAAAUCACUAUGAACUACUCAAUGAUGUUUACCUAGUCAGUUGUUCAUUAGUUAUAUCCCUAUAUAAAAUCUCAGUGACUUUAACCUCAUUACAAACCUCCUUUAACUGAACUCGUUUCUAAACAAAAAUGAAAAUGAAUUGAAAUGUUUUUUAGGUAGUAGUGAUGAUUUGCAAGAUGAAAGCGGAAGUGGGGAGGACGCUGAUAGUGGGUCUGGGGAGAGCGGAAGUGGUAACCUUGAAAGAGAGGAAUCUGGGAACGACACUAGUGGAGAAAGCGGAGAAGAGGGUAGCGGUGAAAGCGGAGAAGAAGAGGAUAGUGGAGAUAGUGGAAGCGGAGAAAGUGGCGGAGAAAAAGGAGACCAGACGUUCUGAAAGAAGAAAAACAAAAAGAACCUCACAUUCUGAGACCUCUUAGCUUUUAAAAUGGCUCAUAUUAGUGAUAAGCUGUAAUGAUCAUUCCAGACAAAUAAGAGGUAUCAUCCAGGGAUGGAAGUGUAGCCACUAGCUCAAGCGAGGCCAGUGAGGGGGUAGACGUGCAACGUAGGGAGCCCCCGUGUAGUUUUUUAAAUUAGCAGUUGACAAAAACUCAAGAGCGAGCAGAAGUUGGAAUCGUAAUGGCGGAAGUGGCUACAAACAAUUGAUAUUCUAAUGACACUGACAAGAAAUCGAGAUAUUGGCGGUUGUAAAAUGACCCAGUUUUACUUUAAAAAGCUCACUUGUUUUGUUGCAUGACAAGACUUCACAUACACUUACUUGGUACAGAAACUUCAAGUGUUUAAUCCUUUCUGCUUUGGUUUCGUGGCGAAACAUUUUUCAUUUUUAUUUUUUAUCUUUCUUAGUUAAAACUUAAAAUACAACUCUUGUCGGGCACACCUACUUUAACUCCAUUUUCGAAGCUGUUAUUACGGAGCUAGAUAUCUAGUUUGAAUUGAAAGCGAACAACAAAAACUUUCGAUAGCCGAAGUGUAAUCAUUCUACUUAACAAACGUACUUGUGAUUACUUGUGAUUUUGUACAAAAUGAAUAUUGUGUGACAGUCUAGUGACGGGACAUCAAGAAAAAUGCCAUACGUUUUUGUCAAUGAACGACCCAUAACACCGACUGUUAUGCAAACCAUGUAAGAAUGCCGUAAUUUUGAGCUCAACAGAGGGGGGAAGUGUGACGUUACGUUACCAUGGUAGCAAAAAGUCUGGAUCUCAAAAAUAUUUGGAUCAAUUUAGAUCUCUGGGAAACAGCUCACCUACCCCUCCCCUACACUAACAUUUUGCCUUAGAUAAGAAGUAAGUGUUAAUGUUACCUUAAGGGAGGGGUAGGUGGGCAGUUUCCCAUUGUCGAAUGAUAAAAAAUAAGUAUGGGCUACUGUUUUUGUGCCUCGGUUCCUGGAUGCAAUCAUGCACGGGAAAGUCAUACAUGACAAUUUGUUUUUUCUGCAACAUUUGCAGGACCACGAUUUGUUGAGAUCCAGAAAUUUUGCCACCAUGGCAACCUGACUUAAAGACUCAUCUCUAUACUACACUCUUUCCGGACGUUUCUGUAAGAUAGGAACUGUGUGAAGUAAAAUAGGCGUCCUCAGAAUCUACCGUCAAUUUAUCCUAGGUCUAUUAAUUUUAAACGGCUAUGAGGCUUUAUUUUUAAUACAAUAGAAAUUGUGAAUAAAAUAAACGAUUUUGUAAAUAUUGGAAAUUAGUCUUUUACACAACUUGAUGUCAUUUAUUUCCAAAUGAUCUGCAACACAAACGGCCAAAAAGCGCGUACAUCAGUAAAAUUUUACUCUGAGCAAAUAUAAUCCACAUGGUCUAAUCUUUCUUCGUUCACUUCUUGUACUGUUCUCAAUGGCGCUGCAAUGCUUAAAACUUUACCUAAAACCUGCCUCAGUGUUCAUUGUUAUUUUGAGUCUGCGGACAGAUGAAUGUCGAUUGAGAAAAAGCAUCUUUGUUUUUUCUUCAUUUGUAUUUCUCCGUUUAAGCAUAAAGUUCUACAUAUUAGUAUCUGUUCUGAUAUUUUAGCCUAUCUUUUUACAAAUUCGCUACAACCAGGGACAAAAGAAGUUGACCGACACGUCUAAAACGCUCGCAGCAAUUUCUUUUAAUUAUAUUCAACUCUGUUUAAAGGCCAUAAAUCCCUCUUCUCAAUGAAUCAAUGUUGUUUGUAGUUGAAGAACACAACAUUACAACAUUAAUACAACAUUAAUUUUGGGGGAAGGGGGGGAGGAACAAAGGGGGGCGGGAUAGAGAUGUCUACUUUGCAAAACGGGUGCCAUUUUAGGGAAGUGCCUCUACACGUUUGUCCCUCAUUGUAGUUACCCUCAUCGACAUUAUCGGUAUUCCUGCCAAAAUAUUCACCAUAUUGCCGCCAAUAUUGCUGCAAUGUUGUUGUAGUUCACUUUUAUUCUUGAUUAAUCUGUAUCACCGUGUCCAAAUUGGCGAGGAAUGUCUUUAACCUUAAUUCUUAACUUUUAAUCAGUGGAACACAAAAAUGAAUAUCACCAAAAUAAAAAUUGUAAGAAAAAAGACGAGUUUAGCUCUUCCAACAUUUUUUUCCAUUAACCCCUAUUGGAAGUAUAUUUCAACCUAAUUUUGAUCUCUAGCAAAUGUAGAUGAUUGCUUUCCUCAUUGCGUUGCUUUUAAUGCACACUUUUUGAAGAAGAAUUUCAUGAAUGGGGUAAAUUCUUAGAGCGACAAGUUCUUUCACUCAUUCGCGCAGGAUCAGUAUCAAAAUACCUCGAUUGCUAGAUAUAACAAAGUCUCUAUGAUUUUGUUGCCGUUUAGAGAAUGGCGAACGCAAAAGUCUGUUUGUGAUUUUGUUUGUUUCAUUCGUGUUUUUUUAGCUAUUUUUUCUUCCGCAAGGCAAGUUUUUGAUUGUUUGUUUUGCUGCUUGUUUUGUCUUUAUUUGCUUGUUCUGUUUUUUUUUUGUUUGUUUGUUUGUUUGUUUCGUUGUUUCCGCAGAGAAGCGAGAUGGGUAUUUGAAGUUUCGGUUUGAAUGAAUUCGCUAAUGAAUUGCAGCUGAAUCAUUCUCGGGAUUGUAAAACCAACCAUUCAACGUCACCUGACGCUAGACACACGUGAUUUUGAGGAAACAGUUAUCUUAUAGUUAUGUCUUAGACAAUUAGUGUAAACUCGAUUUGAAGCUUGCUCAGCUCUAACCUUUCGUCCUGAUAGAAUCAAAAAGCCUGAAAUUUAAGAUUAGAGGUUUUUACAGCGAUUCAAACUACUUUCCUUGACGUUCAAGUUCUCGAAGAGGACUCAAAACAGUAUUUUUUGUUGAUAAUUAUGUUUAAUUUCAUGCAAUGAUGAAGUGCUUAUCCCGUUCGUAACAUGGAGAAAUACCGUUUUGCUUUAUUUGUUCCGUCUUUCUUUCAAACAAGCAAACACAAAAAAAACACAGAUUUUAUUUAUAAAAAGGCGUUUAUCUUUGUCCGUGUCAUCUAAAACACAGGUGUCUUGAGGUACCAGUUCAUGACUGAAUCCCUGCUGUAGCUCCCCUGAAAUUCCUCUUAUAUGACGGUAUGCUUGUGUUUCUAGUCACAUCAAAAAUAUCCCAGCAAAUUUUUGCACUUUCUAGUCACGUGAUUCCAACUCAGGACACGAUUGGCCAACCAUUAAAUCAAUGAUGUAAUUUCACUCUAUUGUUCUGAGAAAUGGAGUCGGGUUCCUUAACCCUCAAAACAAAGGAAUAUAUUUUAUCAUGGCAAAAAGUUGAAAAAAUGACAGAUUUAUUUUUAUAAACCCCUUUUUCCGAAAUUUUCGUUUAGAUAGUUUUUAGAAUAUUUGAAACGAUGGUACGCUGUGGCUGACGAAAGGCGCGAUGAGGAAUCGACUGUACAUCUACUAUCGCGCUGUGUUGUUAUGCAUCUACGCGCUUUGUAAAGGUAGGCUAACUUUAUAUGUUGCAUUUCAGUUUUACUCAGUCAUCCAGUUGUGUGUGCUUGAAAUGACGUUUGACUAAUACUUCGUGUGUAUCAUGUCUACAAUAGUCGUGGGAUCAAACUACCUAGAAAGUUGUAAGAAAACACUUGUUGAAGAGAAUGUGACGUUAAAGGGAGGUAUCGGAGCGGGCACAUUCAGGAUAUUGGGAAAAGUAACAAGCAUGGAUUCGUGUAUUGAACUUUGUUGCAAAACGUCGACUUGUGAUGUGGCGUUCCUAUCUGCGGCUAAAUGUUACGGAGUCGAGUGCGUUAGCGAUGAAGAAUGCAAGUCCACAGCGACUGAUACAUCGGAUAUUAGGGUCCUUAUUGCACAUGUGAGAACGGGCCAUAAAAAAGGUUAGUGACCGAACAGGCCGUAGAAAUACGAGCUAGCUUUGAAGUUUUUGCAUUCUCUUGUUGGCUUAAGUUGCGGUCAACUUGGACUUAUUGAGAAAACAGAGUCGUUUGCAGGAAAAUUAAAUAUUAUAUCGCUUCUAAAAGGAAUUUAGUUGGUAAUUCUUGACGUGGCAAUACGAUGGAUUUUAAUACGCAGAAAUAUCUUAUCCUAACCAGUCAUGUUAACGGCUCGUUUCUUGGGUGAACUUUUCAUUGGUAGGUCUGCGUUAGAUUAAGAUGCGUUUGAGGAAUGAUUAGUUGGAUGGGCUAAAUUUCAGUGGAGCGAGAGAUGAUUUCCACGGCGAUUAAGUUCAUUAAUCUUUGAUCGCUUUCGGAUUUGAAAGCCUGGAGGGACUGAGCCAGCCACCCGGUGUGGAAGAAUUGAAAGAGCAGGUUGUUAAACAAUUAUAACGCGAAAAAGUUUGUAAAUCUUUGCUGAAAAGGAAAUUACUUGACAUUUUGACAAUUGCAUUUUUGACUGUUCACUUAUUUGGUUAAAGAAAAAUUGCUUUACAAUAGUUUGACAUUUUCAUUCCAGAACCUGUUAUCGUCUAAAUUUUGCAGUUUCAAUGCAAAUAAUGGUUUUUUUGAAGGUCCUCCUACUAUAGCAUUAGACAAUAUCAAUUCAUUUGUAUUCACUAUUCGUCUAGUAUGGCGGAUAUUAGCAGAAAACGAUUUUAAAUCCACAGAUAUCAUGUUUUUUAUUUAUAACGUACAAGCCUUAGUUCCAAGUCCCUCCGCAAAUCAGUGGAUGAAUUGUACGACGUGAUCUCUGCUUAUUGGCCUUUCCGCCAUAACUUCAUGAUUUAAAUCGCUUUGAAUUGACUGAGAACGAAUAAGGUUAAGCAGAUUAGGUAGUUUUAACGCAUUCAGGCACACACAACAGAAUUUUAAAGAGUAAAAAAUCGCUGCUAAUAGUUUUAAAAGGCCUUAGAUCUCAAGAGAUUGGUUCGUUUGUUGACUUAUUUAGACCCUCCAAAACUCUGCCAUGUCAGCUUUUACUUAUAAAAAUAAAUGCUUUGGGAGUAUGCUAAAAACAAACAGAAAACUAAAGAUGGGUAUUUGAUUUCCAAACAGAUAACACAUCACUAGCAUUUAUAACUCCAAAUUUUACAUCAAACGUGAAGCCACAUCCCAAUGGAUUUUUGGGCCCAAAUCAAGCAGGGCUCUCGUCAACUAACACGCCGAAGGGCCUUAUAGCCCAAGGACAAAAAUCAUUAGACAGUGUGAACCCCAAUAUGGCUGGACAAUGUAGGGCCGGGAAACUAUUCAAAGAAGUGACUUUAAAAGGAGGAAUUAACGCUGGAACAUACAAAGAUGUUGGAGCAGUGCAAAACAUGGAUGAAUGUUCGAGCAAAUGUUGCGAGUUUGCGGCGUGUGACUUAGCAUUUAUGCUCUCAAAUCGAUGUUAUCUUGUUGGUUGUUCUGAAGGAAAGAACUGUCAAAUACAGAAAGCGAAACCCUCACCGUAUCAUCCAUCGGUGACGUACAUUGAGCGGUGGAAUAAGGAAGGUGUUAAACACACAGGUAAGCUGACAUGGAUAGACCCUCGGAUUCAAGAGAAACCAGAAUAAAAGUUAAUUCUUUUUUUAAGUACCACGUUAAAAAGAUCGCGAUGGGUGAAAACCGGAGAGGAUUUAGAGUCAUUGUUAGCGUCUUUUUCCUCCCCUCUCCUCCACCCCUGCCCAGGCCCUGUACUCCCGAAACGAAACCUAGCUUUCAGAAAGAGACGAGGUUAUAUAGUUAACAAACCAAAAGGAUGGAAAGAAAAUGUCCCUAAUGAAUUGCAGCAAAUGACCCUCCAGAUCUUGGUUAGGCACUCCAUGCCUAAAAAGGAUCGAACCUCCUUUUAACUGUGAGGUUAUUCAUUCGCUAGGUUUAUGGCUGGCAAUAGUAAGUUAAUAGUAAGUAUUAAAGCUAUUUUUACGCCAUAUACACGUAACGUAUGGGUGUCAGGUGGGGUACGAGGACCCGGGGGGUACUCCCUAUGAUUGCCUAUACAGGGAGGCUCCGCCUGAAAGGGCUAUCUUUUUCAGGCUUCAGGUAUAUGAAAGGGUAGGGAUUUCACUAGAUGAAGUACCUUAAAGGGUAGGGAAAUCUGUCAUUUGUGUCUGUGAAAGGGCCCAAAAGAGCUAACAGGUGAAUUUUAUGGCUUUAUAAAGUCGAGAAAACGCUUUAUUUUUGUGAUUGAUUCCUGUAUAAAAGACAGUGCAUUUACAGCAGUUAAAAGGGAUGCAAAGUUCUAAACAAGGUAUGUGAAAGGGGUACCAUUUGUCAAUAGAAGGUAUUCGAAAGGGGUGCUUUUUUCGUGAAAAAUGGUAUAUAAAAGGGUAAGGGGUUGGACCUCGGGGCGGAGCCUCCGUGUAUAAACAUUUACUGAGUAUUCCCUCGGGUACGAGAAUAGACAAAUGGUUGAAUGAAUGAUUGAGGAUAAUAAAAACAGAUGAAUGAGGGAGUAUGAAUGGAUGGACGGACGGAUGGAUAGAUUAAAUGAUGGAUACAUUGAUGGAUAGAUAAACUAAAUGCUGGUGCCAAAGGACUCUAGAACUUACAAACAAACACACAAAAAUCAUCUUUUAUAUUAUGUUUUAAACUAUGUUUGGUUUUGCAGUUUUUCUGAGCGAUUCUGCAGACACUAAAUACAGCUGUCCAGUAGUGAAGCCAAUGACAAAGGUGACGCUUAAGGGAGGGCUCAAAGCAGGCGAUUUUACAGACACAGGAAAAGUAGGCAGCAUAAAAGAAUGCUAUGCGACAUGCUGCCAGCAAGCCUCGUGUAACCUAGCCUUCAUGCUGGGUCAGAACUGUUUCUCAGUCAAAUGUUAUAACAAGGACUUGUGCAGUACCAUUCCAGCGCAACCGUCGAUAUUCAAUCCACAAAUUGCGUAUGUCUGGAGUAGAAAGGAAAUGAGUGGAGGUAAGAGUUAUGUACUGUAUCACACGACAGCCAUAUUGAAUAAGAAACCUCGAGGUUUAUUGCAUAUCAUAAUGCUUAUAGUACUUUCACGAUAGCAUACAUGACAUACGUGACAGUAAGAUAAUGGUGAAAAGAGAGCUUAAGAUUUUAAGAACAGGACGUAGGCUCAAUUUAUUAAAACUUUUACACGUGUAAUUUACAAGUGUAGCCAUUGUUUUAGAGUCCGAGAACAAUAACUACACUUGUAAAUUACACGUGUAAACGUUUAAUUAAAUUGAACCCAGGUUUUUUCAAUGCUUAGUAGUGCACGCGCCUGAACCAGCGUACUUUUCGUCAUUCUUUUAUGAGUUUUAACAAGAAGGUCGUACUGCAGAAAAAAUUUUUUCAAAUGUUAUUAGAAGUUUCAUCAUUUUCAAUCGGAGGGGGGCUUAACGUCCUUUAGUAAGAAAAACUGUGCAAAUACUUCUGGUGAAAAAUAAAACACAAUGAAGCUUUGCGGUUUAGAUAUUUUGUUUGAGAAUACGCGAAAAAAUUUUCAGUUAUAUCUCGUCCUUAUAGUCGCCCUCGACCUUGAAUCCAAGGAUCUCUAUUUAAUCCUGCGAACCAGUUGAAAUGAAUUUAUUCUAAUGUAUUUUUGCAGGCACUUUUAAGCAGGCCCACUCCGAAUGACUGUUGCGAUAUAGUUUUGACGCACAACCGAGGCUGAGCCAUUGAAUUUAUACUGAGGAACUCCUAAUCUAUGACCUGUUUUAUCGCUCGUGUUAUAUGCUCUCUUUGGGGUGUCGCCAUUACAGUAUUCUUUAUAGUUUGCUUUGAGGCAGUCGCGUGUGGACUUGAUGACGUUCCAAACAAUCGAUCAAAAUGUGCGGAUGUCCCAAGAAUCAGACUUCCGUUUAAUUAUAACCUAGCUAAAAAUAACGUCAGUGAAAUUCGCAUAUCCGGGCCAACGCUCUAAGAUUCCAUCUCGAUGCAUUAUUCUCUCUUGAAACAGCGCAUUUUAAAUCGCAAUCACAAUCACCUCAACAACUUCAAGACAUUCUUAAAAACAAUGCUUUAUUUUCCUCAGUACUUAAAACCCUUUUUGGCUGUUUUAUGGCACUUCAAGAAGGUUUACAGAAUGUCAAUGUCCUUUCGCAUUCGAUAAAUUAAUGUUUAUCCUUACAUUUUUUCUCCAGACACAGCAAAAAGUCAAAUUCUCAAACCUCAAGUUGUAUGUCCAGCAAAUAAAGUGCUUGACAGUGUCACACUUGUGGGUGGAAUUAAAUCCGGGUACUUCCGCGAUCAUGGCAAAGUCAAAGACAUACAGAAAUGUCGACGAAUCUGUUGUGAGAUGCCGCAUUGUAACCUGGCCUUUAUGCUGUCCUCAAACUGUUUCUCAGUGGCUUGUAAGAGCGCGGACGCUUGUAAAACACAACCAGCCAAUCCGUCACGGUAUAAUCCCAAGAUAUCAUAUGUUAGAGAAUAUGGCUCGACCGAGUUAAUAGGUAAGGUUAUUGUUAUCCUUAGUCAAACAGAGACUUUAAAAACUGGCCGCUAAGGCUUCUUAAUACAGAAGAACUCAAUAUACUCCAUGGGCGUGAUGUUUACAGCGUAUCAUAUAACAUAACGCAAUUUAAGCAAACAAUGAGACCUUUUAUGGUCAUCUGUAAGCACCUUCCUUGUAAGUACCUUUUAGCUGUGUAAGGAUGCAAUAAGCGUAGGGUCACGCGAUAAAAGUGCAGAGAUCUUUUUAUUAUUAUUAUUAUUUCUGCGGCUAUGAUUUUGGCCAAAAGAUCUCAUUGUCACUUUAAAGUUCGUGUGCUCAACAUGCAGUUGGAUUACUCCCACCGGUGACUGGAAUGUAAAUUCUCCUGAUAUUCAAUACAUUAUUUAACACGUAAGUGAUGAGAAUAGACAAAUGAAUCAGCCGUGGGAUUUUAUCUUUAUAUAACCCCUGUAUAUCUUAUCUAAUGUGCGAGAAAAUGUGUAGAGCCAGAAGAGUGAACAAGUAAUCAAAUCUUCGGAGUUAAAAGGUUAAUUAAGGGAAGGUGACCGCCAUGAAAUGGGCGUUGUACACACUUAUCACUGUAAUUCGGUGGUUUUUUUUUUCUUUUUUAAUGUGACUCAAGGGGCACCAAAGCCUUCAGAUCAGCAAACCAAUGCAACUAUUCCGGGAUUACUACAGACACCUCUGUCAUCUCCAUCGGCACCAGCAUUGACACCACAAGCUCAACUACCCGGUUUAACAGCUCCAGCGAUGGAUGCGGCACAAACAACACAGUUCUCACAAACCCAGGGACAAGGGCAGACACCUUUGCUACCAGGGCUGGCACAGCAGAUGACCCUGCCUUCCCCACCCUCUCCUCCCGUGGCCCCUUUUGCCUCUAACCCGGAGACGGGACCGAAGCCGUUUAUGCCGAUGGGUGGAAGUCAAAUAGAUAACGGCGCUGGUUCGUAUGAACUAAAUCAUUUCUCAAGUUAUGCAUGUUGUAAGAAUGGCCUUUUUUUAUCGUAAAAGGUAAUAGAUAACGAAAGACCGACCAUAUUCAUCAGUAAAUGAGUGGAAUAUAUGACAAGUGAAGUACAAAUAUUACUGGAUGAAAUUUAGGGGGCUUUCAAGCGCAUUUGAUCAUGCUCCAUGGAAAAUUGCGCUAUGUAAGUUUUAAUUAAUUGUAAUUUUUCAAGUUCGUCCCGUGACUGUGCCUUCUUUUGUAUAUGCUGUGUUCUAUAUACCUUAUUUUACUUAUGUUUCUCGCAAUUUGGUGGCAAUUUCCACUGUUUAAAUUUCGAUAAAUUUCGUGACACAGCUAGUUUAAAAAUUCCUUCUAUUUUAUUUAGUAAUGCAGUUUCCAAUCCCUCCUGCACAACCUGCACAACCAGCUCCACCAGCAGCACCAGCUUCGCCUGUUUCACAAACCCUUGAUCAGCUAGCUGGUGCCCAAACGGAAACCAAGAAAACAGAGAUACCACAUGCAGAUAAUCAACAGAGUUUUAAGAAUCAAAUAAAGUCGGCCGCAGCCGGCCAAGCCAUGCAAAUGAACAUCGUGGACGGAAAGAUCAAGCUGACGCCCGUCGGGGGAUCGGAAAAUUCCGAAGCUUCCGAAUCUAAGGCGAAGACUGACGACUCGUCCAAAAAGGAUGACUCGGCCAAAAAGCAAUGCAAUAAAGCAAAAGUACUUGACAAUGUAACACUUAAAGGUGGAAAGAAAUCCGGAAAAUUCAGUAACCAUGGUGAUGUGAAAGGAAUGGACGAAUGUCAAGAUAUUUGUUGCAAAGAUAAGAAAUGCAAUGUAGCUUUUAUGCUCGGCAAGACAUGUUACUCUGUUGCUUGCAAUAGUAAGGAUCUCUGUGAACACACCAAAGCUCCUCCGUCCGAUUACAAUCCUCAACUUGCUUACGUGCGGCAGUUGGAAAAUUCUAACACAAAGGGUGAGUUUAUUUUGAGUACUAGAUUUCCAGUGGUCUAUAGUGAUCAACCCUUCAAACCUGGCCUUUUGGUGCUGAUAAAACUAUUGGAACUAUUAGUUUCUAAGGUCUUUAUUACAAGGAAAAUUGUUCUUUAAUUAGUGCAGAAACGAAAAAAGGUCAAGUAAAGCUUUCGCCUCUCGGAACCCUUUCUUCCCCUUAUCCAAUCUAAAGUAUUCUACCUUUGUUGGUUAGACGUAUUUCCGUUCAUUGCUUCUCGGGUGGAGAGAAGCGACGACCGGAAAUACGACUGCGUUUGCAGGCUAGGGUUCUAAAGACCUGCGGAAACCGGCUAGCGAAAACAAUUUUUUUUUCUCAGAAUUGAGAGUUUCAUUUUAUUUUUUCAUCCCUUAUGCGAAAUUUCCAAUAUUGUAUUCAAAAUGGAACACAACUAUACUGUUCAUCACCCUUGCAAUAUUGUUUGCAAAUUGGAACACAACUAUACUGAUCAUUUUAAAUGGUUUAGAAUCGCGUUUACGGCAAACAGCAAACGUCAAUUUGUACCACGUGACCAAUUUCCCUUUACUUGUCGUUUACCGUUUAUUAUACUGAUCUACAGAGAAAUAAGUAGUUUCAUGCCGGUUUCAUCCUUAGCAAUUGUUUUGAGCUGUUUUUAUCUGUUAAUUUUCUAACUUGAAAAAUUGUCACCUUGAAUCUUCGACUGACGUUUGUCGUUAUCCGCAAACGAGAUUCUAAAUACCGGUAUAUCUCAUGCUUCACUUUAGAAAUUGGUGGGUAUUCACCUGUGACUGUGCGAGGCCCUCAGAUAUGCCGUAAUUCUUGCAUGGUUCUGUCCAUGUUCUAUAGGUUGGUUUUAGCCAAUUUUUUACUUUCUCUGACAUGAACUUGGCACUUGGACUCUUGCCCCCCACAAGACACGUGGUAAGGCGUGAUUCUGUGGGUGUUGAGAGUUCUAGGUCAGGGCUUUAAUAAGAGUGCGCGGAUAUUUUUCACCAGAGUUUUCUCUGGUUGUUACGCCAUACUGACGAGCACCAAAGAGGGCGAAACAGCUGUCUAUGGCUACAGUCCCGCUCUCUUUUGAGUUCUUUCGGUGUCGUGUUGAUGUCUUGCUGAGUUAAUUUUCACGUAGUACGAUCAGCAUUGCAGUAUUCUACUUGGAAAAUUUAAUAUGUCUCCCACAGAAUGAGUAGUUUUAUUGUCUUAAGACAGAAAAGACAAUUCAAGGCUUGUGUGACUUUCAUUUUAAUUUAAAUUGUAGAAACUAGCAAGGCUCCAGCCAUCCCACCAGAACCAAAAGAUCUCAAAUGCAAACACAGCAACAUAACUAACAAUAAAGACCUGCCAGGCGGUAUACAUAAAGACAACUUUACUCUGGUCAAAGAAGCAGAAAGCAUGGCAAAGUGCAUGGAAAAAUGCUGCGACAGCAAAGAGUGUGAUGUGGCCUACAUGGUAGAGAAGAAAUGUUAUUCCGUUUCUUGCUCUUCAAGAGACGAUUGCAAACCUGUCACGGUGAAAGCGUCCAAGAAAACCCCGCUUAUUUCAGCCAUGAUCAUGAAGGCGGAGCCGAAGGAAGAAACAGGUAGAGUUUACUUAAGCGUUUAGUCUAGGGUUAUCAAUGCAUCUAAUGUUUUUCUUUUGAAUACUUGAAUAUAAUCGUAUAGAAGGCUUAAAUGAACUCUAGAGCGAUUUUCGUAUGACCUUGAAAUGAAAACGCGGAAACAAAACAGAAACAGCAAACGAACGAAAAUGGACCGAUUUGAUUGGUCUAUCGAACGGAUACAAACGCGCAUGGCUUUUGGUUGGUCAAGCGAACGAAAAAAACUUCAUGCCCGAAGAACUUUCUAGAAAUCAAUCGAUACUUCGCUUUGACGUCAUGCUGCAACAUGAUUGGCCAAUCAAACAAUGCCUUCUCCAUAUUAAGGUUUUCUUUGGCGAGAAAACGAAGAGGCCAUGUUCUGAUCUUUUCAUCCAUUGGCUGAUAAAACAAAUAACGAACAAUUACCGAAACCAUUUUUCAAGGUCAUACGAAAAUCGCUCUAUCGAGUAGUACUAUGUUCCGGUGCAGUCUUUUAUUCGACACGGUUCAGUGUGGCCAUUCUAAUGAAACCUAUAAGGUUGUACUUUUCUUUAGAAUUUUUCAGUUGAGCCCCGUAGAGUGUAACUACUGAAUAACUUUUGAGUCAGUGUUAAGGAAAUCCUAAAUUGGGACCAUUCAAGCUACAAGGCAGCAUGACUCUUUUAGCUUUUGGUAUUAUUAGCUAUGCUGUGCAAGACGGUUCCAACUCUUACCGUGAACGCUUGAAAUAUCUCAGGAAUGUUAUUGUCUUGCAAGAGAAAAGCCAAUCAGGUGUGAGAAAACUUAACCGCAAGCAAGAACGUUAAUUAGGGUGCGUACCUUUGAGUUGAUCCGGAUCAGGAUCACUCGGAUCAUGGUAGAUCAAAUGAACCGAUAAAUUCACUCUGGACAAGGAUUCGUCAGUUCAUUUGUUCUACCAUGAUCCGAGUGAUCUCGGAUCACUGCUUCUGAUCCAGAUCAUCCCAAAGGGUUAGUUUGUGGUUUUGCGGCCAGUUCGCGUGCAUUGGUCUUCGCUGUGAUUGGUCAUAACACAAUAAACAUUCCUGAGAUAUUUCAAGUGUUCAAGGUUUUCCCGGUCGCACUGUAAAUUGUGACAGCUUUGUGAGACCCUUUUCACAUGACUUCAGGUCCGCCAUAUUGGUUUUCCAAAAAAAUAAAACGGUGGCCCUGUUGGUGCUCCAAACCAGUCCGGUGGAACUCUUUUCUUGUGUAGACGCUUUCUUUUGUUGUAAUAUAUUUUCAUAGCGGUGGUCACUUGAGUAAAAACACCCUAUACGCUAUACAGAGUUCACGGCAUCUUUAACCUCCGGGUUUUAGCGGUUACACUUAAUGAUUAGUAGCAGAGUAAUACUUCAAACCGUUCAUAAAGACCAAAAGAACCACUAGCUAACUCAAUAUCCUCUCUCUCUCUCCCCAGACCUCACCGCCAUUGCCACUCCUCCCGAGGACACUUCCUCCACUGAGUUUGCAUCUAAAACCGGAAGUUGCAAAGACAGCAGAAUUUCUACUGACAUCAAACUUCGACCCGGAAGUUCGGCGACCAACUUUACAGAUUUGGGAAAAGCAGAUGAUAUUCACCGAUGUAUCAGCCGGUGUUGUGUUCGUCCCACGUGUGAUAUCGCUUAUCUACUGAAUAAUAAGUGUUUUGCAGUGCAGUGUCUUGAUGGAGUCAUGUGCCAAACAAACGCUGAGCCUGCAGUUAAGGACGCUAAUGUCCAGCUGGCGUACAUGAACAGAGGAAAGAGCGCGCAAAAGGAAAAAGGUGUGUAUCAUUAGUAAUAUUUUUUUUUCGUCAUAGCACCUACUGUGUACUCUGUCUAAGGAGUUAAUGAACGUUAUUUUAUUUCCGCUUUUAAGAACCGUGUUACAUUUGGUUUUAAAAGGCAAUUUGAUUGUUGUAAUCUUCUUUCAGAUCAAGAAAAUACUUGAUCGUUUUUGUAGCCGAAGUCUGACUCCUUUUUGUCAACUAAUUUCAAGCUGGAUGGUGACUGAAGCUUUUGCCCGGAGCAUUCGAUAUUAUGCUAGAUGGCUUAGAAGUUAGCACCACAGGUUCUCCAACCCCGAGAUAUUCUCUUUUUUAUCUUUCCAAAACUCCCAAUAUUAACUGUAGUCAAUCUGUUAGUAUCUAUAAGUUCGAGGAGUAGUGACUAAGGAGAUAUUCAACCAUCCAUUUCUGAUUUGUUUUCAGAUUGGAUGCUGGUAUAUAUUAUCGUAGCCUCACUGGCUUUUGUAGCAGGAAUCGGUGGAGUGAUAUGGGCUGUGUGUAUCUGUACAAAGAGGUAGGGCAGUCACGUGACAAGUGACGAGCAACAAGUGCUAGCUACAAAUCAUCCUCGAAGACCAAAAUGGACAUCUAAUUAAUAGCCCACCUUCGAUGUAUCAAAAUUCUAUUAUGAUCCCGAGGCUUUGUUGGUUCAAAACUGCAAAUUUUGACGAGUUCCAUUAUCUCGCAAUUCCCAGAAGGGACUUGAGAACAAGAAAACCGAACCAAAUAUAGAAAAAUGACCAGAAAGCCUCGGAGUCAUGUUAGAAUUUUAAUCUAUCGAACGUGGGCUGUUGAGACAGCUUAGAAAAGUUGAAUCAUUAUACGUUUCUGGGAAACUGCUCACCUACCCCUCCCCUAAGCCAACAUUAACAUUUACUUCCCACUUGGGCAGGGCCGGAAAAGGUUUAAUGAUCUAAUCCAGGAAAAUUUAACUUGUGGAAUCCGGAAUCCUAAGAAUCAAGUCCGGAAUCCAAGGAGUGGAAUCAAGAAUCCAAGACUGUCUUGGAUUCCCUUAUAUAGGGUGAAAAGUUGUAUACUAAAUUGUCGCAGACCCCCUCUCAUCGAAUCAUCCCCCGAAAAAACUUCAAUUCUUUUCUUCUGAAACUUGUUUGAUAAGAGUACAUUUCCAGAGUCUCUUCGUUCUUCUUAUAAGGACUUAUAAGCUUUCGCCUUUGCAUGCAAUCAGUUUCCCUCGCCAGUUAUUCUGUCCUUAUAUGUUGUUGUUAAAUUGUUUUCAGGCAGAAAAUUCGAAAACAAAGACGAAUGCUUGAUGAUGAUGAAGAUGAUGAAAUGUUACCAAAAAGUAAGUUGUCAAGAUUUAAUGAUGUUUCAGUUCUGUUUAGCGUAAUAACCAGCGGGUGUUUUAUUAUAGGCAUGCGUGCAUAUUGUACUAUAUCUUGAAGAACCAUAGAAGUUUGUUAAUUAAACUUUUGUCAAUCUUGCUCCGUCGUGGUCUCCGUGAAGAUUUUUACAUUCAUUUCAUGUAUUUAUUUUUCCAAAUUAAUAAACAAAAUAUUGGAAUGAAUACAAUAAACUUGCCAGGGUGGCCCAGAGGAAACCAAGAGGUUUAUAAGGCCUGAGCUCCCCAGUCAAAGAAAAUUAAAUGAGAGGAAGUAAUUAAUAGCAAAACUGACACGUAAUAGAUAGUUUCAGAUAACGUCAAACACAAACUACGUUUUUGAUACAUUUAGUAGGAACCUCCAAUGAUAAAAGUGUGAUUACGGCAAUUUACCUAGAUAUUUUGAGUUCGCGCAACCUUGUCCCCGUAGUCUUCUUGUUUUCCACUAUGCCGCUGCCAUAUUGGAAAAUGAGAGGACCCUGGCAACGAUAUUAGAGGUCGUGCCUCAGGUUGGAUCGGUGUUGUGUCGAAUUGCACUGGGACUAUUUCGGAGACGCUAUCUCUUCUUUUCUGGCAUAUUUAGGGGUUACACAGAAAACUGGGUAUAAAUUUGUGCCCAAAAAUAAUCCCAUAGUACAAUGCGACUCAACACCAACCCAGUCCCACACGUAACUGAAACUAAAGAUGGCCAAUUGCUGGUUGGUACGUGACGUCAUGGCGGACAUGCGACUCAACACCAACCCAGUCCUACACGUAACUGAAACUAAAGAUGGCCAAUUGCUGAUUGGUACGUGACGUCAUGGCGGACAUGCUGGUGGUGAAGAACCAUAGUAUAUCUCUCCUCUGGGAACUAAACUCCAUUUUCACACAAAUGUUUUGACAAAAAUUCUAUUUUAUUGACCACCAACAUGGCUGCCUUGUCACAUGGUUGCAAACAAAGACUGCUGAAAGAUUGAAAAUAGUGUCCUCAAAGCCUGCAAUUAAGUUAGAAACAAUCAGAAUUUGUCUUCUUAAGAUCAUGAAACAAUUCACAAAAUCCGACUGAGAAGUAUUUGCAGGUUGUAAAAUCAUUUAUUGUUGCCAUUUUUGUCUUCCAUCAGCUACUCAAACAAGAUAUCGAACACCGAUGCCAAGAUACUGAGAAGAAGAUGACUGCAAAGAGAACCCAGUUACUAGGAAGGUGUGACUUCGAGGCAUGCGCACCUGUGGAAGGAAAUUACACGUUUUAGUGAAUUGCUCAGAAGUUAAAAAGGGACUACAAAGUGACUAUAAGGAUCAUAGUUGAGCUUCAAAGCUGAUAGAGUGUCAUGUCUUUGCAGCUUAGAUGAAGAGACGUCUGAAGGCAACUCUAGUAAUUCUAGCCCAUAUGAACAGAGUUGAUCGAAAGUUCAACAUCUCUUUGUACCUUUCAGUAUAUAUCUAAAGCCUGUUUCAGUGUCUUGUAACAUCGGUGGUAUUGAAGGCGUACAGGGAGAAGGGAACAGUCUCUAAACACGAGAUCCCCACAUGCACCAAUUUUUUUGCGCAUGUCUUAAGUGCGGUGCAACUGCUGAUAAAGAAGCUAGAUCUUUGAUUUUUAAGGCUUAGUUGCUAUCAGUAGCCCUUAAUCCUAAGGUUUUCAUUCCAGAGGUAGUUCUUUUAUUAUUUCCAGACAUUAUAUAUUGUUCUCCUCGGCCAACAAAUGUAGAUCACGCAGAGAUUAUUUCUAAUUGAUUUUUUGAGUUCGGUUUUUAUGAGAUCAGUAAAACGGACAGUACUUUAAAAGGUCUUGCUUUUUUAGAAUUACGCACAAUGUAAGCCUUUCUUACUUGCAAGACUCUUUCUCUCUAUAUGGGGUGGCGCUAAUGACAUUUGAAAAUAGGUGAUCUCGCUCUCUAAUCCACGACAACACCAAACUCUUCGGUAAAGAAGAGAUCCUGAGAGGUUAGAAAGAAAGUUAAGACACAAAAAAAUUUAAAGGCAAGCAGCACGAAGAAAAAACCCUACCACGAUCCUUCACAAUUCAUUUUCUUCUCUAGCUCGAGGCACCGACUACAGUUACCAGAGAAAUAACAUAAUUUGCAAAAUUAUAAGAUGUUGUAUUGUACUUAGUAUCAAUCGAAUACAAAGUUAGGUGAAGCGGAAAUAAUUUCUUCCUUACAGGCUGGCUUCAGCGACAAACACAAGUUACUUGAUAGCUGAACUGACGUGCUUCUUUUUUAUGCCCGAAGACAGUAUAGAGUCAACAGGAGCACUUUCUUGUGUGUGCACUGUGUCUUAAAUACCGAAGAGAACUAUGCGUUUAAAAUAUGUUAUUUCCUGAUACUGUCUCUGUCGGAAAAAAUUCUCUUCAGGCUUCGCCCGGUGUUGAUUUUAAAGAAACUGUCAUUGUGACCAAGGUCUUGCCCCUAUUACCAGUAAUAUUUUAUAAUAUUAUUUUUUGAAUUAGUUAGUUCUUCGUUUGUCCACUUGUUGACGUUAAUUUAGGAGGUUGGUUCGAUGAUAACCAAUCCCGGCCCUGUACAUGUACUCAUUGUUAGAUUGUAGUAUAACGAUUUAAUAAAAAUCUUUUGGCAUACAUUCUUUUUGAAGUGGUUCCUGUUCUGUGUUCACACUAAAGUCAAUGUAGCCGGCCAUUUUAUGGAUCAGUAUCAGUAUUUGAACCCAUAAAAUGUCUAUAAAUCGGCACGGUGAUCACACAGGAAAGAAGAUCGGCACAACUUAAGUGAGGUUAGCCGAUUUUUAUUAAUACCUUUUUACAUUCGUAGGUUAGACACAUUCUUUUUUUCCCCCAUCCAAAUCCAUAUAUUUCCAAGGCUACGCAACAUUUUCGAGCUUGCAUGGGUUACCUGUGUCACCUGUGGUGCCCUGCAGUCUUUUCCGUGAUGUUGCUUUAUGAAGCAUACAUGAGGUCAAGGAUAAUACAGGGAGUCUUACAUGACAUACAAUUAUGGCGUAUCGUUAACAAGGACCUCCUAAAUGUCUUUAGCUUUGCGCUGAGGUUCCGUCAUGGAUUGAAAGACAGAAUGGAAAACUACAUGUUAUGAUAAUCCGUGGUUAUAAGACUGUGAUGAUUUUGAAAAUGAGACAGACAAAAUGCGACAACAUUUCCACUGGCAUACUGAUCUCUGCUACCUUUUGCCUUCCAUGGCCUAAAUCCUUUCCCGGGAACCCAGCGGGCUGAUAACCUGGCGUUAAACCAAGGUACAACCUUAAAUUUGUGGUAGCCAUCUAGAAAAAGGUUUGCAUCAGUGUCAGCAAGAGACAAAAAUUCCAUCCUUCUGCCGUCAUUGUUUUUAAGACAGUUUAAACACACAUGCCAACUCUCCCGGAUUAUCCCGGGAGUCCCCCGAAUACGACACCAAUCUCCCGGUCUCCCGUACGGGUCACCAUAUCUCCCGGAUAAAAUCAUCUUUUGAGCUUUUUUGUGCCUUAGUUUGAGAUUUAGCCUAUUUUUAGCUCAAAACUUGAAUUUUUCUUAUUCGUAGUACGGUCUCUGGAGCAUUUUUGCACCUAUUUAGUCACUGACAAAGAUUAUUUCUGGCAUCAAAACGAUGAUUGCGAAUUUUGAUAGUAUGUACUUCAUGUAAGACUUCAUAUAAUGUCCAGAGGUUGGCAUCUCUGCAGUUACUAUACGCCGGGCUUGACACUGUCAAAGUUUGUUGUGAAUACUCAACACUCUGACAAUGUUAUAAAACAAUUUUAUCAUCUUAUAUUGACUGGCGUCAAUCUGUUGAUGUAACGGGGAAUUCUAUAUGGUGAACAUGUACACCCUCUAAACAAUGUUUGUUGGGAGAGGUGUUUGCUGAAGGGAUGUUGAACGAAAUAGAGGAGUUCACGCCCAUAGUUGCAUCAUGGGUAAUCCUGGCAAGAGGGCAGGAAAUUUAAAGAUUUGUGUUGGAAUUCAAAGCCAGCUAAUUCUUCCUGAAUUCAUAUAUUUGAUGCUUUCUCUUGGAAAGAGUAACGUACCAGUUCAAAGGAACAAUACACUAAAUCUGGAAUGCAAAGAAGUCCGUGAUCAGUUUUUAGAAAACCUUGAUUUUCCCAAACAUUUUCUGUAAUUCAACAGUAUCAAAAUAUCAAAGUAUAAGUAUCGAAAUUCAGCAUGGGAAUUUUCAGGGGUUAAAUUUUGCCCAGGGAAUUUUUUUGGGUGUUGAUUUUUGCUGCCAUUCUAUCAUCCCUGCCACUUGAAAUCUGGAGUACCCUCCCUGGGGGCAUAUUGCAACAUAACAAAGAAAUUGCUUCCUGUCUUGCCCGGAUCAAUACUUAAUAUGUCACAGAGUCCUGAAUUCUUGUCAAAAAAUUAUUGAAAUUUGGAAACAAGUUUUCCAGGGCUGGAAAAAGUCUGAAAAAACGAUUAAAAUUGUGGAAUUUGGUUUUGUUUUUGUUUUUGUCUUUAUUUGUUUGUUUGAGGCAUUCCUUGCAAGAUAGGAAUUACUCCUAGUGGCAGAGGGCGAUGAAAGGCAGCCCCAAGAUCAACAUACAAGUUCUCCAGACUGAUCUCUAAACAUUUCUUUUAAGAAUAGUUGAGAGAAUUUGGUUUAAGAUCAAAGCAUUCUUCCUUUGGUAAUCAAUUUAGUAAUUCUCAUAACAUUUACUCUUGAUGAUCUUCUGAUGUUGUUAGGAGAAAACUGAUGUUGGUCACUCUUGGGACAGCAGAAGGAGACAUAAGUAUUCUAGACGAAUUAUGCACCUCUAGAAUAAAAAGAGUCGCUAAAACAGCUAUACUGACAGAAAGACUUUUAUAUACCCUGGGUGCCAGAGACUUUUCAUGCAUAGUUUCUGGUUUUGGUCAAGUCGUUAUUGUGACCCAGGCAAAUUAGAUAUGGACUCAGAAAGCAACCACCCUUCUUAGGGACCACUUCAGUUUGAGUGGUCGCUUUCUAAAGGUUUUAAAUUUGUAGGAAAGCACUGACAAACUCUAGGGGCAUGUUGGCAUAGUUGUUCAUGCGUUGGUGAUCAGCGUUGUUCAUCAGUAAGUUCACCAAGUGAACCGUCUUGAAUGGUGAUUUCAUGUAAUAAACGUGAAUGAAAUCGAAAAAAGAAGGUAUUGCAUCUCUCAUUUUAUGGAUUUUUAUGGAGUUUUGCAGUUUCUCAAUCCAGGUUUUGAAUUGGUUGAAGCUUUACUGACUGACGUUGCAGAAAAUCUUUCAAAGCCGAUAAAUACAAGUAGGCGGUAUUUUACCAUAAAAUAUGUCACUCAUGACUAUGUUCAUUUCCUUGUGCUCCUCCCCGCCCAGCGGCUUGCUUGAUACAAAGAAACCACAAGUCAGAUUUACUUACUUACUGCUCACAAUGCCCGGUGGAAUGAAGGGCAGCAGCGAAGGUCUAUUCUGGGCCAGCUUCCGGAUGGUACCCCCGCAAUUGUGGUUUAUUAGGGUCUUCAUCUCUCCUUCUACCGUUCGUCGUCAGGUGUCCUUCGGUCUGCCUCUAUUGUGCUCACCUUGUUACCAGGUUUUUUCGAAAGCACGUGCCCAAUUGUUAUUAUUAUUUGAACCUGUUUAAAGGUACACCAUUCGAUGCUACUUCGUAUCCGGUCGAUGCGUUUCGACGAGAAAACAUUUCAGAGCAUCUCAGGUGUCGUUCAACAGAGCACGUGCCAUGGUGUCACAGUGCUGAGGAAAUCUACUCAUUUUAACAGCUGGUUUUGUGUGAUCAGAUUCUCAAUAUAAAUUGCUCGCUUUACACGAUCAGUGUUAGCCCUGCCCACAGGGGAUCACCGAUGUUGGCACCAAGAUAACUGACAACUCACACCAGCAGAGGGUUUUCUUGUGGGUGCGAUUUUCUUGUCUUUUCAGCGUCUGAGUUUCUCGUAUUAAUAAUAAUAAUAAUUCCGUUAUUUACCCUUGGCAGUGUUUAUAGCACUAAUGCUAGUGGGGCCGAGCAAAUGCCUGAAACAAAUAAUUCAAAUCAAACUUAACAGGGUUAAGAAUCCCAACUGGCCUAAGGCAAACCAGCUGGCUAUUUACAAGCGUGGCUGAGGAUUUGAACUCGUGACUACCGUGAACAAAUCCAACUAGUGGUCAGAGCGGGACUUGAACUCGGGGCCUCCGAAUGGCAAGUCCAGCGCUCAAACCACUCGGCCACGCUGCCUCCUUGAAUGUAUUGAAGUAGAUUCGGUCGACUGAAGUUCUGAAGCAAAACAACCCGUUACAAGCUUGGUCGAACAACAAUAUAACCCCAAGUUAGGUCAGAUUAGCAGAUGACUCAACGUUAUUAAUUAUUCACAAGCUUGUUGAGCCACAGACCAAGGAAGAAAGUAGAGCGUUUAUAUCGAGAGUUUUGCUUCGAAAAUGGUUGGAUUUUUUCUGCAAUUCAAGAUGGAUUAAUUGACAAAGGAUCGUGAAGGAUGCGGAGUGGAUGAGGACAGCUUGUUCCUGCAAAAAUCUCCCAUCAUGGUAUCAUGAUUAGGUGGCUUUCAUUCAAUUCCGCCAUUUUGGUUCUUGUAAUACUGGUAUCACUGGGAUUUACGACGAAAGGUAAAGACAUUAUUAUUCGUUUCCACCAGUAAUUUUGGAUAACUUUUCUUUAAAGUGUAACUUUCUAAAGGAGCAGCACCUAUAACGAAUCUUAUGAAGAGCGGUAAAGAUCGCUUAGAAUGACCACUAAAAAGACAGAGUCUGUUUUCGCGUGCAAGGACACUGUACAUCAUGAUAACCUUAAGUUGAGUUGUAGCAAAGUAAGAAUUCUUUCAUAAUUUUUUGCGGCGCAGAUUCAAGGUCUAAAAAGUCUCAUAAAUUAGGGGAUUGUGUUGCUCAGUUAUAUGAUCACACUUGUCGGAUCUCAGUAAUGAAAAAGAAACUGAGACCUUUUAGUAUAUCUUAAUUGACAUCGUUAGGCCAACGUAAAGUAAUUUUAAAUAUUAGUAUUAGUAUUUGUAGCUCUAUUGUUUUCAUUAAUAGGGAUUUGAGUCCACUCCAUGGACUUCAACUUGGAAGUUGCAACAUGCAAAGUAAACAAUGAAAUACUGACCUUAAACACGACAUGACUUUUUUGGUAAUCUGAAUGGACAACUACCACUCGUGAAAAGGUAAAACUCUGAACCGUCUGCAGGCUCGAACUUGGUCUUCUCCAAUUGAAUAAACGCUCAAAUUGGAUGUAAAAUAAUAUAUUGUCAACUUUUCCAUGAACACUAGGGAAUUUAUGUCGCACUUUUAAUUUUACAAACAAUUACGAUUAACAUUGUAGGAAUGUCUACUUUUUUGUUUACUUGUCAUUUCCUAAUCUCUCAAUCUCUAGCUUUGUCAAACGCCACCCAGAAGACCGCUGGACCUAUCGAGUCCUGCGCGCAAAGCCCAAUACAGCAAAACGUUACAUUGAGGGGUGGAAUAAACGCUGGUACGUUCAAAAAACUGGCGCAGUUUGUAGCCAUGCAGCUCUGCAUUCAGCUUUGCUGCGAAGAAAAAAAUUGUGAUGUAGCGCUAAUGUCCGGGAAAAAUUGCUAUGGAGUUCAGUGCUUUAGCGAGGAGCUGUGCACUGCUGUACCCGCCAAAAAAGCGCCUUCUUCGUUGAUGAUCUCGCACGUCACUAUAACGGGAGAGGAAGGUAUGGGAAAUGUUCAUUUUUGUUAACUACCGCAAAAUUCCGAAAAUAUGCCCCGGGGCUUAAAUUUUUCAAAGGCCCUUUUUGAGUGGCUUACUUUUGGAGGGGCUUAUCUUUGGAGGGAAAUUUGCAUUUCAAAAUCGAUUGGACUAGCCUUAUAGUUGGAAGGAAAUUUACCAUUUUUGCUUUGUUUUACUUUGUAUUUGAGGGCAAUUUCCAAGUACAAACCGCCGGGGGCUUAUAUUUGGAGGGGCGAUUUAACGGAGGGUUUUUUACGUUACGAGUUGGGGAGCUUAUUAUUUGGAGGGGCUUAUUUUCGGAAUUUUACGGUAUUUGUUUAUUUCGAGACUAUCAAAUGGAUUCUAAAGUUGUUGACUGAUAUUUUUGGGGAACAAGAUUGUAUGUGUUACAUUACUGCCCUUAAGUAUUCGAGCUAGAAAGAGCUUUAAUUUAUAUUAUUUGGUUUGGUUUGGUUUUUAGCGCUCUAAAAAGCAUCUCCGAGAAUAUGAAAUCAGCGAAGUCAUCGGAUAACUUCGCUGAUUUCACAUUCUCUGAGGUUGCGAUAAGAGUGUAAUCAGUCGUAGGAUUUGACAUGAUUUUCAAUGGGCGUGAAGUUAACGUUAUUGUGUGUCAACGGCGAAAAGUGAAAUCAUAUCUUGUCAUCACUCUACUGUAUUGUUCUGCUGAUCGUCAGAGUUUGUUUCUAUGAGAUAACAUAGCUCAAUAUCAGUUUAUUAAUUUCAGAUCACUUAUUCGAAACGACGAAGGGUACAAAAUAUCCAAAGUUGAUUGUUAGUUAUAUGGAACCGAUGGAAAUAUGCGCCCAUUUUUCUCCCAUUCCUGCUGUAGCGUGUAGCUUUUUUGGGCUUCGUAACUUCCAAAACGCGCUUUAUGAUUGAGAUUUGAUCUUGUAACUUCACUCAGAGUGUGGGAUCGAAUUGUCGGUAGCUCGUAGCGAAUUAAACACUCUGCUGCCUCUGUAUUGUAGCCUAAGUAGCAGGCACCGGUUAAUUUUUUUUCAAGGGUGCGCGAGGGGAACACGCGAAGGCGAGAGGAGGUGCCCUCUCCUUUCCUCCCCUCGCGCGCGCGUCCUCGAAUUUUCUCUUUUCGCCCCCAAAAAAUACCGGUGCCUGCUACGCAGGCUACUGUAUUGCCCCACGUAAGGGAAUCCAAGACAGUCUUGGUUUCUGGAUUCCACGUCAUGGAUUCCGGAUUAUUUGUCAGUGGAAAUUGGAUUCCGGAUUCCUUCAGCUGCAUUCCGGAUUCCCCACCAAAAAUUUGCUGCAUUCCGGAUUCCACAAGAAAGAAUUUCCCGGAUUCCGGCAUCCGGAUUCCCUUACGUGGGGCGAUCUGUAACUAUUUCUAAGUGCUAGUGACACUGCCUCAUCUUUACUUUUGCUUACAGGGUACAGCCGCCGUUCUCACCCAGUUCCACAGAAUCUUAAAUGCACAGAGACCGAAGCAGAAGAAGGCGUUACGUUGAAAGGAGGGCUUAAAGCGGGAAAUUUCACAGAUGUUGGUACAGUAGAAAGUAUCGACUCCUGUACUCGGCUCUGUUGUGUGUCUGAGAGAUGUAACUUAGCGAUGUUAAUAAACGGACAUUGCUUUCUUGUGAACUGUUUUAGCAAGGAGCUUUGCAAGACGGUCAAAACCGAGACCAAGAAUUAUCGACCAACGGUGGCAUUUGUACGACGAUGGGUCACUAACGUGACCGAGGAUACAGGUAUGUGUGGAUCAGCCUUGAAGGUGAAUGCUACAACCAGUUGGCAGAUAAGGGGGGGAGGGGGGGGGUGGUCUCCAAAAAUUUUUUUUCGGUCAUUAAGGCCUCAUCAUUGGUCUAAAAAUAAAGGGGGACGGGCCCACCAGGCCCCUCUCCUGGAUCCGCCACUGAGUUGCAGAAAUGUUUAGAGACUCCGACAAAGAACUGGCCUUUUUCCUGUUAAAAUCGCUGCUAGUCACCAUCUAAGAGAUAAAGCAUUCACCCCUCUCUCCCUUCCAUACAAAGUCGUUGCUCUAAGUCGUAUUGCCCCCUCGAGUGACCCCUCAAAGAAUACGCGACUCUAUUUCAGCAAAAAAAGGCGAGACUCUGGAACCUGAAACAUCUUUGUUUUACAUAUUAUUAGCAAACGGUUGAUCGUAAUUAUUAUCAGUGCAUUAUUUAAGACAUGCGAUUUUGACAAAAAAAAAACGCCGCCCUCGAGUAAAUGUUGCCCUUGAAUAAACGCCGCAUCGAAAACGCUAAAAAUGUAAUAAACGCCCGCGGAGCUUAAUAAAAUAAAUACGGUACUUUUUGCCUUUUGAGUUUUAAUUUUUAAUAAGUUUCUCAAACAUGUUUAUUUCUUUGUAGCUAUCACUUUAAGCAACCUCCCAGCAACAAACUCAAAGUUGAUAUGCAAAAACAGUGAUAUAAAACAUAACUCCACGCUGAAAGGAGGAAUCAAAGCCGGGAAUUUUACGGAUUUGGGGAAAAUCGCGGAAAUGUCAACAUGUAUUCGCAUGUGUUGUGGCAGAAAGGACUGCGAUGUAGCAUUUAUGUUAGAAGCGAACUGCUAUGCUGUGAAUUGUUAUAAUGAAGACUUAUGUCAGCCUGUGCUAGCCCGAAAGUCGGGUCUGCUGACAAAUUUGAGCCCUAAACUAUCGUAUAUAACAGCCAGAGAUGAAGAAGGUAUGUAGGACGUGAAAAUCUCCUGCAAAGGCUUACAGGGAACACCAAGCGCGUUGUUGACCUAUAUUCUUAUUUCCCGUGCAAACAACCUUACCCCGACCGUCGGAUCAACUUAGGUUUCCAGGAAACUGCCCACCUACCCCUCCCCUAAGCCAACAUUAGCACUUACUUCUCGCUUAGGGCAAAAUUUUGGCUUAGAGGAGGGGGGGGUGGGAAGUUGCCCAGAAACCUAAAUUGAUCGGAUCAUUAUACAGUUCUGGUUAACUGACCGCCUACCCAUCCCCUAAAUCAACAUUUUGCCUAUGUGAGAAGUAACUGUUAAUGUUGGUUUAGGGGAAGGGUAGGUAGUCAGUUACCCAGAUACGUAAAAUGAUCCAAUUGAUCCACCAACCCUUCCCCUGCCAGUCCCUCUUGGAGAUUAUUUCGUAAUAAUUUCUCACACCUAAAUCAAUUUUAAGUGGAAGCAAAAAGAAAGUGCCAUGUGGAAAACCGGUGAUGUAAUAUCAUCCCACAUAGGCAACGUUGUAUUAUGAUAUCACAUUAAAAAUACUGUGUCGAACAGACGUUAGAUGCAAGAAUAGAGUUUAUAACACUAACACAAAUCUGUAUUAUCUUCACAGUUCUUCCUCAAAAGAUCGCAAUAGGAGACGGUAUGUCUUGCAGACCAAGUGUCAUUUCAUAUGACGUCACUCUGCGUGGUGGACUCUCCGCUGGUAAGUUUACGCCUAUAGGACAUGUGGACGGCAUGGAAGCGUGCGUGAACUUAUGCUGCAAGCGUAACACGUGUGAUAUCGCACUGAUGCUGCGAGAUUCGUGCUACUCAAUCACGUGCGCAAGUGAGGAGUUGUGUGAAGAGGUGCCGGCACCAUCGUCUGAUUUUUACCCCAGGCUGUCUUACGUCAGGAGAGACGUUGAAAGCCAGGCUAAAAAAGGUGAGGAUGUUACUAAAAGGAGGGAACUGGGAACAGGGAUAAGGGAUCAUGCAACAAUUGGAUGAAGAGGCUAGCUUGUAACGGAAUUGUGGUGUUCCGUUGGUGUAAGAGAUUGAGAACCUGACGUUUGGGGCGCUAUCGUUUUAGGAUAAGAUUAUUAUAAAUUUUAUUUAGUGGACAUCUUGUUAGGACCAGCGUUGUAUAAAUGCUGAUAGAUAUCUUCAGUAUGAAUAAAGCUUUUAUUAUUAUUUUUAUUAUCUCUCCGUCAGAGCAAAUUAGGAGAUAAAAUUAUGGGUUGUGUGUGAUUUUAUGUAGCGGGAGUUGGAGCUAAACCUUUCAAUCAGAUGGGUAAACGGAAAGUCUGUAUUUUUCGUUAGCAUGUCAUGUCUGCGUGGUUUAGUUUGCAGAGACAAUAGAGAGAUUUUAUGUCAUUUAGACUCGCUUUUACGCAGACGGACAACGUCAGAUUCAAGUUCAGAAUUUCUCAAAAUAGAAAAUAAACAAAUAAAAACAGUCCAAGACAAUUAUUAUAGAACAAAACCAACGUAAAGCUACUAAUUUUGGGGUAGAAAAGUAAAGGGAAAACUUGGACACGUGGUACAAAUUCACGUUUGCAUUUUGCCGUAAGCGGUACUCUAAAUCUCUCAAAUAGCCCAGCGUUUCGUACCCUGGGUACCAAAGGUUUUUUUCUCGCGUCCGACGAGGAGCUUCGUCGGCCACAGGCCGACUCGUCUUUGGCCGAAGGCUGAAGACACGAGCGGCGAAGCCGCGAGAAAAAGCAACCGUGCAUGAAAAGCUUCUGGCACCCAGGGUAACGGUGAACUAAUAAUUAACUACGGAAAUACCAUAAGUGCUAGGGGAACUGAGCAAAGCUAUGGUGAUAGAAACGAAAAGUUCACUUAUCACACAUACCCUGGCCACAGAAUUUUUAGUGAAGACACACUGAAAGUGAGUUUCUCGGUGAUACUCUGCCACCUCUAAGCACUUCUUCCAAAAUGAUCGAAAAGCAAACUCGCAUAUAUCUUCCUCCCAAAGUAUUAUUGUUGCUGUAGACGUGAAAAUAAUAAUAAUCAGGGGCGGAUCUAGGGGGAGGGUGCAGGGGGUGCGCACCCCCCCCUGAGAUGACCUGCGGUUUUCUCAUACAACUGGUAUUCAAAAAAACUAUGUGAUUUAUUGGUGUUGAAGUCGAGCAAGAGACGAGUGCACCCCCUCCUAAAAAAAAUUCUGGAUCCGCCCCUGAUAAUAAUAAUAAUAAUAAUAAAAUAUCAGGGGAAUUAAACUUAAGAAAUAUGUUUUUCAUAGUACCUCCCUGAUUUUUUAAUUAGCAAUAUAUAUUGCAAGGACAAUCUUCAUGCCGAUCACUAUGACGAUCAAUCCCUCAAAGACAAAGCAAUAUAGGGGUUAAGCCUGAGAUCUAUGCCCUUGACAAAACUAUCUUUCUUUCAGAGCUCCUUCAAACCAAAGCUGAAACACAAGACGAGGUAAAUAGCACUACUGAAGAACAACUGGACACCAAAGAAGAGGGCUAUUGUACAAAUAGUGAAGUAAUGACUAACGUCACACUUCGUGGCGGGAUCGCUGCGGGACGCUUUCGGGAUCGCGGUAAAGUCCCCAGCAUCCAGGCAUGCGUUGAGAUUUGUUGCAUCUCAAAGACUUGUGACGUGGCAUUUCUACUUAAAAAUAAUUGUUUUUCUGUGACGUGUUUAAACGAAAGACAAUGCGAGGCUGUGAAAGCGCGAUCCUCCGUUUACCGUCCACAGCUUGUAUAUAUCUACGCCAGAACCAAAAGCCAAUUUAUCGUUGCUCCUGCUGAGACAAGUAAACGCUUGAAAGAGCGAGAAAAUCGAGACCAGUUGAGCAAAGGUAGUGCCACAAAUUUUCUGUCAACGGCUGGAAUAUACAGAUUUGAGCCCCAAAUGCACAGAAAGGCAAUAAGAAGGAACACGAUCAAUCUUGGUUAA